AUGGCUGAUGCAAGUGAGAACGCCAACCCUCUCAAGAACGAGGAGAACACCAAGACGGAGACAGGCAAGGACGAGAUUGACUCGCCUACUAGUAGCAUCCCUACCUCACGAUGGAGACACACCUACAUACUGGUUGAAUCCGCACGCCUUUGCGCUACCAGCUACACAGUGGUGGACAACAUAGUUGGAAAUCUCAACGGCAAUGUGGACUUUGCCAUUUGCUUCCGCUCAAAAUGGAGACAGGCGAAGAAGCCGCUCCACCCGACUCUUUCAGGAAAUCAACCCCAGGUCCAGAGUGGCGUCGGGGGGGCACGUACCCGCGCGCGUAGCGCUAUCCCGACACCUCGGUCCAGAAAAGAGGACGACGAGGUCGAGAUGGAAUUUUCAGCCAAUACACCAACUUAUCGAGGCCCCCCUGCCCUUGUUUUCCAAUUCAGUCGACUUGUUGGCCGUCCUCCGAACCCGCCCGGCGAACGUGAUGUGGUGCUCAAGACCGAGGGAUCUGAUGAAUCCGUCUUUGGUAUUCUAAACACUGCUAUCAAGCGUUCCCGCAAGGCGAGCGUUCUUCCCGCUGUGGAUACAAAGCCCACUUCUCGCGCCAUCAGGGAACGUCUUCAAGAUGCGCCAGAUCAUUCCGUUUCGGAAGUGAUGGCUUCACCGGAAAACGAGAAGCCCACUACUCGCGCCAUCAAGGAACGUCUGUUCAAGAUGCGUCAGAUCGUCAAGACCCCUGGUUCGAAAGGCACAUGUUGGAGGCGCUGCCUCAGGCCAGACGGCCCUACGUUGAUCCGUAGGACCAUCGACUAG